GAACUCCAGCCCGUAGAUGACCGGCGCGUCGUCCUCCAUCGCCCCCACGCACCGCGCCCCGCACCCCUCCGCCCUUUAUGGCCCUCGCCGCUGCCCGUCGCCGGCCGCUUCCUGCAGCCGCCCCAGCGCAGGCGCCCGGCGCAGGCGCAGGGAGGGAGCGGCGGCACCAGGAGGGGGGCGGCGGUGCCGCGCUGAGCUGCUAUGGAGAAUACAGAAAGCAACACAAAGGGUGCCAGGAGCGCCUCAGAUGAAGAGGACAGCGUAAAUAGGGUUCAAGAGAAAAGUCAGGAAGAAAUCCUCUUCCACGAGGAAACCAUUGAUCUUGGUGGAGAUGAGUUUGAAUCCGAGGGGAAUGAAACGGUGUCAGAAGAUUCGAAUAACUUUGUAGAUAAGCUUAAUGAGCAAAUGAUGGAGAGUGUCAUUAUUUCAGAUUCUCCAAACAACAGUGAGGAUGACACGGGUGAGCUUGGUUGCCUGCAGGAGAUUGUAGAACAAAUGGAAGCUAAAGGUAAUCAAAAACCACUGGCAGAAGUGGGUAAAGAAGAGUUUUUGAGUACUGAGAGUGAAACUGAACACGAAGAAACACCCAAAGACAUUUCUGAGAUUGGAACAGACGAUCAGGCAUCGCUAAAGGAAGAAUCAAUUCAGGAAGCAGUGAAAGACGAACCAAAGUUGGGAAACAGCAUUCCUGAUGAAGCAAAACCAAAUAAUAUUGACAGAAGCAAACCCGAUGACCAGAUACCAUUGCCCGGUACUUGCAAGCCAUCUCCUGAGGCUGAGCCUAUCCCUGUGUGUACUAUUUUCAGCCAAGGAAACAAUGUCAAUACUCAGCCACAGUUGUUCCUACCUGAUGGGUUUGAGCCUCAGAUGGUAAAAUCUCCCAGUUUUAGUAAUAUAACUGAGACUCCAGUGAAGUCUAAUCCACAGGUGGUUCAGCCAAGUCCGAGUCUAAGCAAGUUCUUUGGUGAUCCCGUUAACACUAACACUUUAGCUUCAGAUUUUUUUGAUUCGUUUACUACAUCCAAUUUUAUUUCUGUUAGUAAUCCCAACGCAGGCUCCUCGGUUACGGAACAAAUGUCGUCUCUUUCAAACGGUGGAGAUGGUUCUUGUGCUUCAUCUAAGCCUGCUUUCUCUGUGGGAAAUGGGAAACCUGAAGCAGGUGGUCCUCCAGCAGCACUAGAAAUCACUCAGUCCCCCAAGCCAUUCUCACAAAUCCAAGCUGUUUUUGCUGGGAGUGAUGACCCAUUUGCCACAGCUUUAAAUAUGAGUGAACUUGACAGAAGAAAUGACGCUUGGCUUCCCAGUGAGGAAACCAGAAAUGUUCUAAUUUCAGUUGCCACCCAGCAAUACAGCACUGUGUUCAUAGACAAAGAGAAUCUCACCAUGCCUGGACUGAAAUUUGAUAAUAUUCAGGGAGAUGCAGUGAAAGACUUAAUGCUUCGCUUCCUGGGGGAGCAAGCUGCUGUGAAGAGACAAGUUUUAAAUGCCAACUCUGUAGAACAGUCAUUUGUAGGCCUGAAACAGCUAAUUAGCAGUAAAAACUGGAGGGCAGCAGUUGACUUGUGUGGGCGUCUUCUAACUGCUCAUGGUCAAGGCUACAAAAAAAGUGGACUACCUACUAACCAUACAACAGAUUCUUUGCAGCUGUGGUUUGUGAGGCUAGCACUACUCGUAAAACUGAAUCUCUUCCAAAAUGCAGAAAUGGAAUUUGAACCAUUUGGAAAUUUGGACCAGCCUGAUCUUUAUUAUGAAUAUUACCCUCAUGUAUACCCUGGACGAAAAGGUUCCAUGGUUCCUUUCUCCAUGCGGAUUUUACAUGCUGAACUUCCUCAGUACCUAGGUAAUCCUCAGGAGUCACUGGAUAGACUGCACAAUAUGAAGAUAAUCUGCGCCAAGAUACUAGAAAAUCUGGAACAAGGCUUAGCUGAAGAUGGAAGUAUGACUAAUAUUACACAGGAGAACAGACAAGCCUCUGUUCAGCUGUGGAGGUCACGUCUGGGCCGGGUGAUGUACUCCAUGGCAAACUGUCUGCUAAUGAUGAAGGACUAUGUGCUUGCUGUAGAUGCUUAUCACUCUGUCAUCGAAUAUUACCCACAGCAAGAGCCUCAGCUGUUGAGUGGAAUUGGAAGGAUUUUCCUUCAGAUUGGAGACAUAAAAACUGCAGAAAAGUACUUUCAAGACGUUGAAAAAGUGACUCACAAAUUGGAUGGACUACAGAGCCAGAUUAUGGUUUUAAUGAACAGAGCAUUCCUCCACCUUGGUCAGAAUAAUUUUGCAGAAGCUCAUCGAUUUUUCACAGAAAUUUUAAGGAUCGACUCAUCAAAUGCUGUGGCUAAUAACAAUGCUGCUGUUUGUCUUCUUUAUCUGGGAAAACUCAAGGAUUCCCUUCGCCAGUUGGAAGGAAUGGUUCAGCAGGACCCUAAGCACUACCUGCAUGAGAGUGUUCUCUUCAACUUGACAACUAUGUAUGAACUGGAGUCAUCUCGCAGUAUGCAGAAGAAGCAGGCCCUUCUAGAGGCUGUAGCUGUCAAAGAGGGUGAUAGCUUUAAUACUCAGUGUCUCAAGUUAGGAUAGAUCAUUUCCAACUAAUUUUCUCCUGCAAAGCCAAUUUUAAAAGUUGUAUAUACUCUUGCUAAUGUGUAAAUGUAAAAUAAAAUCCAUCCAGUUAUAAAUA